CAUUCCUGACCUAGCCAAACAAGCAAAAUAAACAAAAAAUGGGGCGCCUGUCAGUGUGUGGCGUAGUGGUGCUACGAUGUGAUUAAUUGAAAAUACAGGAUCGUUUAAGCUGUAUUUUAUCAUUUCACGCAAUCAGCCACGGUGUAUUGCACACUUAACGUCCUACUCUAGGUGUUAACAGUUGAAUCUCCGCUCUGUGAUGAGCUGUGCGUGCGACAAUGGAUAGUGAUCUGAGCCCACAGGACAAGAAAGACUUGGAUAAAUUCAUCAAAUUCUUUGCCUUGAAGACAGUGCAAGUUAUAGUUCAAGCCCGGCUUGGAGAGAAGAUCAGCACUUGCUCAUCUUCAUCACCGACAGGUUCAGACUGGUUUAAUCUGGCAAUAAAAGACAUCCCAGAGGUGACUCAUGAAGCAAAAAAAGCUCUUGCUGGACAACUGCCUGGCAUCGGCCGAUCCAUGUGUGUGGAGAUCUCCCUCAAAACCUCAGAGGGAGACUCCAUGGAGCUGGAGACAUGGUGUUUGGAAAUGAAUGAAAAGUGUGAUAAGGACAUUAAAGUGUCCUAUACAGUUUAUAAUCGUCUCUCUCUGCUGCUCAAGUCUUUGCUGGCCAUCACAAGGGUGACACCUGCUUACAAGCUUUCACGUAAACAAGGGCAUGAUUAUGUCAUACUCUACAGGAUCUAUUUUGGAGAUGUCCAGCUGACAGGUCUCGGGGAAGGGUUCCAGACAGUACGAGUGGGUAUUGUAGGCACUCCCAUAGGCACCAUCACUUUGUCCUGUGCAUAUCGCACUAAUUUGGCCCUCAUGUCUUCAAGGCAAUUUGAGAGGACAGGCCCUAUCAUGGGUAUCAUCAUUGAUCAUUUUGUGGAGCGUCCCUUCACUAAUAUGGCACACAUGCAUCCCUGCAGUUACAGAGCACCUGGAGAAGAUGAGGGAGGGACUUAUGCAGGAAUAGAAGACUCUCAGGAGGUGUGCACCACGUCCUUUUCCACCUCCCCACCAUCACAGUGUGUGUGUACAGUAAGUCAGGCACAUUUUAAGACACCAAAGCCGACUCUGAUGGCCACACUGAAGGUUCCCCUCAUGGGGCUUGGCAUCUCACACCAACUGUACAGCUCUCGUCUGUCAUAUCAGACUCCUGGCCUGGGAACUGUGGAUGUGUGCCAUCCUACGGCUUGUACUGCUGCUGCACAUCCUCACCAGAUGGUUGUGCCCGGUAAAGAAGGUGGAGUCCCACAGGUGCCGGCUCAGCCUACUCAUGGCACUGCAGCUGAGCAUGGUCGUAUCCCCUCAUGCCCCACUGGACAAUCCCCUCAGCCAGCACCACCCACAUCCUGUAGUAGCGAGGUGAAGACUGUGUCCCCCUCUGAUGCUCUAGAGACCACCUUCACCAGGAAAGUUGGGGCUUUUGUCAACAAAGCCACCACUCAGAAUUUUCAGCAACCAUUACUCCAGUCUUCAGUGUCACAUGAUGCUUCAGACAACAAUGUGACAACAACCAGUUUGGAUCUUCCUUUUGCUGCAUUCGCUCCAAGAGCCUACGACCUGGAGGAGAAUGACCCAAUGGUGCACCCUCCUCCAUCCCCGGCUCCUUCCUCUCCCUUGCAAGGCAGCCUGCACUCAAACAGCUCGACCCACAGCGUGGGGCAGCCGCAAGACGACUUUGUCAUGGUUGACUUUAAACCAGCAUUUUCUAAGGAUGACCUUCUGCCAAUGGAUCUGGGAACUUUCUAUAGAGAGUUUCAAAACCCUCCUCAACUCGCAAGCCUGUCCAUCGAUGUCAGCGCUCAGUCUAUGGCUGAGGAUUUGGACUCUCUUCCAGAGAAACUGGCCAUUUAUGAGAAGAACAUUGACGAGUUUGAUGCAUUUGUGGACACGCUACAAUAAAACAGAACAGAGAUUGCUUUCUUCACAACUUCUUUACUCUUCUUGCUUCCUUCACUGAAGCAUCCCUCAUUGGAUGUCUACAUUAACUAUGUUUUGUUUCAGUUUUUCCUUGUACUAUGAGGAGAAUCAUCAUUCAAGAAAAAAAGUGAACUGAGGUAUAAGGAGAGCAGCAUCUGUUACAGGAACAGAGCAACAUUAAAUUUCCAACCCUUGUAUUUAUUAAAAUAGCAGAACUGUGUAAGUAAAGCUCACUGUAAUGAAUGUAUAAACCUGUACCAGCCUUUAUUUUUGUUUUGCUCAUCACAACACCACAUGCAGUUCACUGACUAGUCACUGAAGCAGAUUUCUGUCAUUGUACCGCUGGCACCAUCUGAAUUCUCUUACGAUGUUAAUUCAAGGGAAAAUGUGAAUAAUCUGAGAAUAUGUCCAGUUUUUCUUUAUAGGCUUAAACAUGAACGACACUACAAGUGAACACUGACAACAGUGAGUCGCGAGUCUGUGUCUGCUUUACCUGAUUCCUGUAAAUGCAUUUAACCAUCAACUUUUAAUUUUUUUUUUUUAAAUUAGGGACAGUUUAUCAUUACUACUCGUCAGGUCUUUAAACGGUGAGGAAGGUUUUUUUUUUUUUUAAAGCUUAUGUUGGCAAGUCAUUAGGAGCUGGACCUUCUUUUAUUAUUUUAAGUGUCUUCUUUCUUUCCUCACGUUGUUAAUAUGGCAUGUAAAUGUUGCGUAAUAAACUGAUUUAUUUCAGACAGGCCUGUUUUUGUUUCCCCUGUAUGCUGAACCGGUCAAUGACAUUGUGUCUCCUUUAGGCAAACCUUGGAGUUCACUAGCUAAUGAAUAUUCGCUAGCUCGACGCUCGCCCAAUGGAGCGCGACGGCUUGGCUUAUGAAUAUUAAUUAGGGUGCGUUACUGGAAGGCUACCAAGCAACGUCAGUAGAGGCUAUUUUAUAAUUCAUGAGCGCCAUAGCACAAACACGCCUACUUCCAUAUUUAGAUAAAUCCAGUGUUGUUUUGACAGCAGUUGUGAGAUGUUUUUCUAUCGUCCAGCUGUCUGAACUUCCAUAGGUAAACUUGACUGUGUAGUCUUUAUUCCAUUUUAAAAGCGGAUUUCAAGUGCCUAAAAGAAAGUUUUAGUUUCGUCUUCAUUUCACAUCGGAUUACAUAAUUUAGUGUACACUUGAGAGCAAAUGUUGCGCUCUUUUAGAGGUCACACCUGGGAGAGUUGGGAAUGGGAUCCAGACAGUAAAUCUCCUGAUGCUCAUCUGUCUCUGUGCCGACAAGCCGUAUAUUUUCAUAUUAGCCCUCUGCUGGACAGUCAGGGUACUGCUGGGGUCAGAGGCACCAAAGGUUUCACUCAUGGUGAGCAUUACUGGGAGAUUGAGUUCCUUGAGCCUCCGUAUGGAAGCUCUGUGAUGGUGGGGGUCGGUACCCAAAAUGCACUUCUGCACACAGGGGAUCAAAAGUUUGUUAACCUCAUAGGCAUCGACAGUGAGAGUUGGGGUUUAUCAUACAAAGGCUUCAUCUGGCAUAAUGGGAGGAGUCGAAAAUACACAGAGCCUUUUUAUGAAAGAAAUACAGUCAUUGGGGUUUUGCUGGACUUGAGCGCUAGAACACUGACGUUCUUCCGAAAUGGAGUGAACCUUGGGGUGGCCUUCACUGGCCUGGAGCAGGUCAACAAGGCUCUGUAUCCUCUGGUGAGCUCAACGGCCCCUGAAACUGAGCUUCAGCUGGGUGUGAGGAGCCAGAGAAUCUCCUCCCUACAGGAACAGUGCAUACACAUCAUCACACAGUCCCUCUCACAUUAUAGACAUGCACACGAAUUACCAUUACCCACACCUCUGCUCUGUCAAAUACACACACAUGUGCAUUUAUAAGUGGGGCACAACCCGUUUCUCCAACUUCAAAUAACACAAUUCUGUCCAGUACAACAGAUCCGUUUUAUAAGAAGCCAUACCUCAAAAAUGUUUUAUAUCGUUACAGUCCAAUCAUUUAAAAAGGUGAGAUCAGUCGUAGAGACUUGAAACAUGGAUGGAUGGUAGUCACACCACCUACAAUAUGACCGAGGCUCCCCCCGAUCGGCCUGAUGGUGGCGCUACAGCGACCGCGAGUACGAAAUCGCUCAUAACUCCUAACCGUCGGUCACAGGCUGAAGUGUUUAAUUUCGGUGGAAUCCUUGGCUCUUUCCGGACGAAACGAACGAUCGGUCGUCGUGUAUUUUGCAUUUUUUGCAAAACAUACUUUUGUGAACUAGUAACUAGGUUUUUCGCCCGAUGUGAACCAAACCAGUGCAGAAAGAUUCUCUGGAGAGUGAAUGUCAGUAAUUAUCAAAAAAAGUUGAACUUUAACUCACCGUGGCAAAGGGAAUUAUUAAAAUAUCAUCUUGUGAUGUUGGGUGCCAGAUUCGACGUAAUACAGCCUCAAAUUAGAAAUUUUAUCGCAUACCUGCUGCCACUGCCAGACAAAAAAAACAAAACGACGACAGCUGUGAUUAAACGAUAUAAAACGAGUGUACUGGACAGAAACGAUCGUCAAAAAUGCUCGCGUUUGCAGCGCACACUUCUUAUCAGAAAGGGUUCAAUCAGUGUUGCCAACUAAUGUUCAGAGAAAGUUGCUAUAGGAAGGUCAAUUUGUUGCUAAAAGUUGCUAAAUGAUGUCACUGCGUAAUCACGACGCAAAAAUUUGUCACAUCAAAUCUAAGCAAAAAAAUAUGUUAUAUGUGUUAAUUUAGAUCUGUUUGUAAAACAAUAUGCAUAAUAUAAUAUAAAUAACUGUAUUUUUAAUACAUUGAAUUAUUGAACACUUACACAUUUUUGAAUGAUUACAAUUUAAGUUUUUUUAAUAGCUAGUAAACUAGUAAUACUACGCAUUCUCAACAAUUAUGCUUUAACAAAGUCCCUUUCAAGGGUUUCUAUAGUCUUUGGCUUUAAGCAGUGUAUUAGUAGUUAGUGUGCUACACUCUUAAGAAACGUCUGUAAAAAAAAAAAAGGGCACAAUCUAUGUUAAUAUGAAAGACUUUUCGGUAUUGUUUUUUUGUUUAACCUGCAUUUUAAAUUACGCAUUGUGUUUUCAGGUUACAGGGUGAUAAUGGAUAAUGUCCUAGAAAAUUACUAGUAUCUUUUCCAUUUUUCUUAUGGUGUACUAACUGAUCAACAAUCGCAGGUACAAGCUACUAAUAAAGUGUGUCAUGAAUAAACAAUGAUUCAAUUAUGAAAUUAUUAUUAUUAAAUUUAACAAUUACAAACUUUGGUUUCCUCUUUUUGUGUAAUUUGGAUGGAAAAUGUGUGCUUUUUUAUUGUCUGAGUCACUUAUCAAAAGUUGCUAAAAGUUGCCAAAUAAAUUUUUAAAAAUUGCUAAAUUUGUUGCUAGGUGCUUUUGGAAGAAAAAGUUGCUAGGGUAGUCUGAAAAGUUGCUACAUUUAGCAACAAAAUUGCUAAGUUGGCAACACUGGGUUCAAUAAAGUAUUGUCUUUUGUUGUUAUGGGCGCGGGUGCGUCUAAAGAUUUCUUAUGCAUCUCACGACUAUGUCAUAUAUGAAAUAAUGUCUGUGCUCGUGUGUAAAACAACAAAAUGACGAUUUAUAUGUUUAAUCAUUUGUAAUUGUAUAUACAUUGUUGUGAUUAAUUGUGGCUGGAAUAAUAAUGUAGCUGUAAAAAUAGUUGCCUGCUGAAAUUGAAAUGUGUACAAUACAUCUUCAUGAAUAGA